AUGGGCCAUUCACUCGGCCACUCUCACCCGAAGAGAAAACCAGUUACAGGUGGUACAAUUCUUUCCCAGAGCUUAUCGGUUUGCGUGUCCCAGGCCCUGCUCCACCGUCAGUCCAGUUCUUCCUUGAAGUCCCUCGCCUUUGGUGGCCUACAUCUCGAACGCAAAAGCAGACGCAAAGACAACACCCAGCAUAGUGAAGUUCCUGCGGAAGAAGAGGCUAUUCACAGUCUGGACGUAUCAAUUCCAGAAUCCGAGGAGGUUAUCAUAAGCCCGGGCAAGCCCCCUGGCAAAAGAAAAGGAAGAGAAAGUGAGAUGCCCUCCGUGCCCACGCCCUCCAAAGCCGGCAUCGUCGAGUCCAACGGCGAGCGCCAUAUCCCCUCCUCCGUGCGCCCCGACGGCACCAAACGAAAAGAAAUCAAGAUCAGACCGGGCUACAAACCGCCCGAGGACGUGGAGAUUUACAAGAACCGGGCCGCAGACGCAUGGAAGAAUCGAGGCAGCGCCGGUGUGCCAGGCGCCGAGGGACUUUCGGACAAAAAUGAGGGAGGCGUGGCGGCGAGUAAUAAAAACGCGAAGAGAAGGGAGGCGCGGAAGAAGGCUAAGGCUGCGGGGGAGAAUGUGAUGGGCGAGGUAGGGGGAGAGGGAGAGGGGGAGGGUGAAGGGGAAAAGCAGGGAAAAGAUCCUAAGGCUGGGGAGCCGCUGGUAGUGGAUGAGGAGGCCGAGCGGGAGAAGAAGGCGAGAAAUUUGAGAAAGAAGCUGAAGCAGGCGAAGGAGUUGAAGGAGAGAAAGGAAUGUGGGGGGGCGCUGCUGCCAGAGCAGUUCGCGAAGGUUAUUAAGAUUAACGAGUUGGUACGGGAGUUGGAUGCACUGGGCUUUGAUGCGGAGGGGAAGUCGAAGGAGAAGGGGGAAGAGAAGAAGGAAGAGGAGAGGGGAGAACUGGGAGGAAAGGGGGAGAUAUAG